AAGUCGGUGUGACGGUGAUGCGCUGCAGCUCCGCGGACCCGCGUCGGGCAGCAGGAACGCAGCGGCGCAGCUGAGGGUCCCGCGAGUUACGGAGCCUUAACCACUCUCCCGCGCGCACCAUGGAAAGCGGGUCCAACGCGUCGGAGCCCGCGUGCCUGUUGGCCGGCGGGUUCGCCGUGGACAGCGACGCGCUCUGCCGCAACCUGAGCGGCGGCGCGAGCCCCGCGCGCGCGAACAGGUCCGAGGCGGAGCACGCGGACGCCGCGAAGGGCUCGACCCCCAUGGAGAUCGCGAUCGUGAUCACGGCGCUGUACUCCAUCGUGUGCGUGGUGGGGCUCGUGGGGAACGUGCUCGUCAUGUAUGUCAUCAUCAGGUACACGAAAAUGAAGACGGCCACCAACAUCUACAUCUUCAACCUGGCCCUGGCGGACGCUCUGGCCACCAGCACGCUACCCUUCCAGAGCGUCAACUACCUUAUGGGCACCUGGCCGUUCGGCGACGUCAUCUGCAAGAUCGUGCUCUCCAUCGACUACUACAACAUGUUCACCAGCAUCUUCACGCUCACCACCAUGAGCGUGGACCGCUACGUGGCCGUGUGCCACCCGGUCAAGGCCCUGGACUUCCGCACGCCACGCAAAGCCAAGAUAGUCAACAUCUGUAACUGGAUCCUGUCCUCGGCCAUCGGGCUGCCCGUCAUGGUCAUGGCGUCCACCAUGGUCGACCAGGCUUCAGGAAUCAUCGACUGCACGCUGACCUUCCCCCACCCACCCUGGUACUGGGAGAACCUGCUGAAGAUCUGCGUGUUCAUCUUCGCCUUCAUCAUGCCCGUGCUCAUCAUCACCGUGUGCUACGGGCUCAUGAUCCUGCGCCUGAAGAGCGUGCGCAUGCUCUCCGGCUCCAAGGAGAAGGACCGCAACCUGCGGCGCAUCACGCGCAUGGUGCUCGUGGUGGUGGCCGUCUUCAUCGUGUGCUGGACGCCCAUCCACAUCUUCGUCAUCAUCAAGGCCCUGGUCAACGUGCCGCAGUCGCUGCUGCAGUCGGUCACCUGGCACUUCUGCAUCGCUCUGGGCUACACCAACAGCUGCUUGAACCCGGUGCUCUACGCCUUCCUGGACGAGAACUUCAAGCGAUGCUUCCGCGAGUUCUGCGUCCCCUCGCCGUCCAGCCUGGAGCUGCAGAACUCGUCGCGCACCCGCCAGCUGCAGCGGGAGCACAACUCGAGCGGGCACACCCUGGAGCGCUCCAACCAGCAGGUAUGACUAGCCAUGGAGAUGUCGUCGGUGGACUCCCGGGGGCUGUCCCACGUCGACAUGAACUCGGAGAUCACCCAGGUCACGACCGGGUUCUGACCGACCCAUCCAUCGAUCGAUCGCGGCAAGCAGAGCUUCUCAGCCAAAGGGCCGCAUGGAGACGUCGUUCUCCGGGUGCCAUCCAGAAUGUAGCGCCAACCCCCCCCCAGCUGUGUGCCACCCUCCUCGACGGAGGAGCCUUUCUGAGCUUUUACAUAUCUUGCCAAACGAUGUUGUCGUGUCACUCGUGCUCAGUUAUAUCCAACUGUAUUUGGGGGCGGGGGGUGGGGGACGUUCCGGUUUCGUACUGACGUUGCCUUUAGCUUCAAGCGACUGAAAAAAUUACCCGCAAAGCCCUCGUUCCCCAGUUUAGAGAGCCAGCGCACGCGACGUUCAUCGGUCAGCCUUCGGACGACGAGGCUUUUCCCACGACGGGAGAGGCCGGCUGAAGGUUGUCACCAAAGCACACGGGACAGACGCGCACAGAACCGCGUGCUCCUUCGCGCCGUCGGACUUGUACAGAACUGGCGAUUCUCCGCUUCCGAUUUUUGGCAGCACGCAGUAACCGGGCCGGGGGCCGAUCCGGCGUUCCGGCCCUGCCGAACGCGUUCUCUUUCGACGAUCCACGUGCUGUAGCAGCGAGCUGUGCCAUUACUCAUCCCGCCUUGCCGCCCAGACAGCGUGCCAUGAGAGCUGUGUACCACUGCACCAUAACGCCUCUGUAGUAAUAAACGAAACGGACAUUUCCGGAUGGAUUUUCGAAGUUACCUGGAUACGCUGCGCCAAAACGUCAACAUUUCUUCAGAGCCGAAAUACGAGUGAGCGGUUUCAGCAAAGAGCGUCGAUACCACCGCUUGUUUCGGGAGGUAACGCUUACAGCCAGUAGGGGGUGCAGUGGUUAAGGUUCGUGCCACGCAACCUGAAGGUGACCGGCUCGAACCCUCCUUCUGCUGUCACACCCUCGAUCGAGCUCCUUACCCUGAACUACUCCAGCAAAAAUACCCAGCACAGUAACAGGGUAAAUCAGUGGGAAGGUGAUGUGAAAAUCCCCUUAAUAAACACGUGAUGAUAUCCAGUUUUGUCGGACUUGAAUUUCAAACAACUGUCCGCUCACAAUAUUUUCAUACAUCGGUGUUUAUUUUUUAGAACAAAAUAUAUUGUCUUUGUUUAAUCUCCGUAUUGUUUUUGAAAUACUGCAGUCGGUGUUAAAUGCCAGAAACGCGUCUUUUUAAAAAUAAAAAAAAAAAGUACCUGCUCACUUUUCUUUUGUUGGCGAUUUGUGUGCUAUAAAACAAUGGGCCUUUUCUAGAGAAAUUAAAAACUGACGCUCGUAUAAUGUUAUAAUGGUGAUAUUGUAGCUUGUUUGUGUAGCUUAGCAAAUAUUAAACUCCCCGUUACUCCUUAUUAACUUUGUAUGUGCAUGGAUCUGCAUAUUGGCAUUUUUAUAUAUUUGCAUAUUGGUACGGUAAGAUGCAUUUCUUGGGAAAUGAGAAGUUUAUUUAUUAAGUCUUUGAGGUCAUCUUCAAUGUGUUUUUUCUAAAC